AACUGUGUCCGAGAGAGAGAGAGAGAGAGGGAAUUGCGGCAUGAACGAAUAUACCGAAGGCUAUCUCCCCUAUCCUCCCCUCCCCUCCUCCCCGCUCUCCGGGGGCGCCAUCGUGGGGCUGCCAACGAGGCGGCGGUCGCUGCCGGGGGGGUCGGCGCACCGUGACUCCCCGCGGGAGGCGAGGAACAACAUCCCGGGAGGAGGAUCCUUCGCCUUCGCCUUCGCCUCCGCGUCCCCCUCCCCAUUCGGGAGUGGCUGUGGGUUCUUGGAGGACUCCCUCAUCAUCUGCGGCCUUGUCGCGGUGCAGCUCAUCGGCGCCGCCUACAUGGUCCUCCUCGCCCCCAUCCUCUCCCUCGGCCUCAACCCACUCUUCCUCGUCGCCUUCGGGAGCUUGGCCACCUCCGUCUUCACCUUCCCCUUCGCCGUCGCCUUCGAAAAGAAGAAAUGGCCUUCAAGAAUAAGCCCCAUGUUGAUGGCUCAAUUCGCGUUGCUCGCUCUGGGAGGGGUGACGGCAUUCCAAGGUCUCAUGCUGCUGGGGAUGAAGAAGACAUCACCAGCCAUUGCCGCCGCCAUGCCCAACUUAGCUCCGGGCUUCAUCUUCGUCAUCGCCGCGUGUCUCAGGUUUGAGAAGGUUGACAUGAAGUGUUUGUACACAAGAGUCAAGAUACUGGGCACCUUGUUAUGCUUGGGUGGAGCCAUAACUAUGAGCUUCCUACAAAGCCCUUCUUCAACUUCACCAGUUCACGCAGCUCCGAGAUCUCCGGUUGCGAGCAGCAGCGGACUGGCGCCUCAAACCGUCUAUCACGAAUGGGUCGUAGGCUGCGGGUGUCUUCUCGCCGCAGUCCUCGUCGUUUCCUGUAACACUGUUCUGCAGGCCGCAACCAUGGUACAUUUCCCUGCACCGUUCACAUUAUGUGCCGUAACAUCGAUGAUAGGCGCAGUUCUCACUGCAAUCGCACAAAUUAUAAGUGAAGGGAGAAUAGAGAUGGGAUCUCCGGUCAUCAGCCUCACAAGCGUUGUUGCCCUGAUUCUUUUGGGGAGCAUGAUGAGCUCUGUAUGUGUUGCAUUUCAAACGUGGGCUGUGAAGAGGAAGGGGCCAGUGAUUGUCUCCAUGUUUAGCCCCACUCAAACUGUGGGUACAGCAAUCCUCUCAGCAAUUUUUUUAGGGCAAGUCAUACAACCAGGAAGCUUAGCAGGAAUACUAGUUCUAUUUUUCGGUCUGUACAUAGUUUUGUGGGCAAAGAAGAAAGAAGGAUUACUUCUUCCUACCUCAGAAGAGACUUCAACAGUAUUAACACAGCAAACUGAGGACAUCGAAAAACCGCUUCUGUCGUAAAACUUGUACUGUAGUUUUUCCCUCAUAGUUGCUCAUUUCACUUACUGUUAAGAAAUAUCAUGUAAGUAUUUUUUUUCCCCCUUUUUUAAGGAAUGAUCAUAUAACUUAUGAUUUUGAUUUUUGGAAUUCCCUUUGCGGAAGCUUUUGUAUUGUAACAGUCAAUUAGCGAAUGCAACGAAAUAAGAGAACCCCAA